UUAAAUAUCUUCUGGAAAAUAUUUAUUAUAACUUUUUAAUAAAAGAUUGUCGUUUCAUAAAUUACUUAGUAAGUUUAGAUUUUUGUAAAAAAUCAAAAUUAUUUGUUAAUGCAGCAGCCUGCAGCAGCAAAACACCUGGGUAUAAACCUAUAUCAGCAGAAGCAACUGUUCCAAAUUCAGCAUUAAAAUUAGUUUUGGAUAAACUUGCAACAAUGCAGCAAGAAAUUUUGCAUAUUUCGCAAGUGCAGCAAAAUAUGUUUAAUGCUAUUCAAAAAAUGGUUGCUGUAAAGAAGCGUGAACUUCCAGAGUGCGUAGAGUUACCAGUUAAAACUUUACUAGAGCUCAAAAGUUUAGAAAAAAAUCUAGAUAACAAGGAUUCAGCUCAAGCUGUUAGUAAUCACUUGGGAAUGAGAGGAGGGAAAGAUGUCAGUGACACCACAAGACGCAUUUUAGAAAAAGUUUUUAGUAAUGAUCUGGCUAAGAAACUUAAUUGGGCAGGGCGAUGUAAUAAAACUGGAGUGAAAGAUUUAAAAAUCGUAUCUUGUAUAAAAGCUGCUGUGCAAAUUAAUAAGUCUUUUGACGCAAAUGAAGUCAGUAUUGAAAAUGUUGUUAAAUCAUGGUUAAAGUAUGCCGGGGAUCGUGAAGGUGGAAGGGAUGCUCCUGAUAGAGUUAAAAGGAAGGAAUUGUCUAUUUAUCAAGAUAAUGUCAUGGAUAAUGAUGAUGAAGUUGUGUCUAGUGAAGCAUUUGUUAUGUAAUUCAUUUGACAGCUGUUAAAGAGGGAGUAGGUAACAAUUAAUUGGGAGUGUAUUCAUUAUAUGCAUUUGCUGCAUUUUAGCGGUAUGGAAUUCUUAUAAUAUUUGUAUAGGGUAAUUUUGAAGCUGGUUGUCUCAAAAUUUUGCAGUGGAAUACUGACACUAUUAUUCAUUAAUUUUCUGUUAUAUACAUAAGUUUUCAGUUUCGUUCAUUUUCUGUUUGGAUGUGAGCCAAAAAUGCAAUAUCAAGAAAUGCACCUAUUAUUAUACUUUAAAAAACAUUUUGUUGCUUUAUUUUGUUGUUUAGGGGCUGCCCAUAAACAACGUCACGCAUCUAGGGGAGGGAGGGGGUCCAGUAUUUUGUGACGAUAUGUGACGAGGGGGGAAGGGGAGGUUGGAGUGACGUGUGAUACACAAUUGUAUAUAUAUUAACAAUUUUAUAUAAGUUUAGAAUUUGGAGGGCAUUUUUCUAUUUUUUGUUAAAAAAGAGAGGGGGGGAGAGGUCAGCACCUUGUGACGUAAUUUCUAUGGGGGGUCUAAAUUUGUGUGACAUGUUGUGACGAGGGGGAGGUAGGGGGUCGAAAAAUUCAAAAAAUUGCGUGACGUCAUUUAUGGACGGCCCCUUAUGCAGGUAAUAAAUUAAAAAAUUAUUGUUUUUAUUCAUGUGCAUUUUAUUUGUAUAUUGUGCAUAUAUU